AUGGGAGAGACAAAAAAAACUACGUUUCUCAAAGAAGUGAGGUCUAUGAUGUAUGGGUUUGGAGAUGUCAGCUCACCAAGGAUGGAUACUGUGGAAGUUCUGCACAGCUAUUUGAUGGACUAUCUCAGUCUGCUGCUGACUAAAGUCCACUCCAUGGCCAGGAUAAAAGGGAAAACCAAAACAGAAGAUCUGAUGUACUUUUUGAAGAGGGACAGGAAGAAGUAUUCGAGAAUAAAGAACCUGCUGCUUAUAAACGAAGAGGUAAAAGCGCACGAAGGAUUUUUGAGUGUAAAGAUUAUGAAAAGGAAUGAGUGA